UUGUUGGUCGUCAUCAGUAGCACCAUCUCAGCUCAGGAAUCAAACCUUGAUCCUCGUAAAGGAGACGUGACUAGUAAACAAGCUAGGCUAGUCAUCUAGCUAGCAGGUCACAGCAUUGCGAAUAUGUAGCCGCCAGAUGAUAGCACUAUACUUCGAAACUGAUAAUUAUAAUAUGGCGGAUGGUGUGAUGGCAAGCAAUAUAACAUACGGUCAAUUUCUGAAUGACAUUGCUUCCCAGCUUGCUUGCGUUCAACCCACCGUGGCCUCGCUAGCAACCAGCUAACGUUAGUUGGUGGGUAGGAGUUGCUAUUAGCAGACAGACUGAAUUUGGCUAACGUUAGCCGUCGAUCUAACGACAUUAAAAUGGUAACGAGGUUGCACUAGCUAAUAGCAGAGGGAAAAUGAAGAGAUCUAGAAGUGUUGGUGCAUCUUCACCUUUAAAUGGAAUUGGAAGACACGACGGAGAGUCCCGGAGGAAGAGGAAGGAGGCGGACAUCUCGCAGGCUCUGAACGUGACUCCCGUGGAUGUGGCAGCCCUGAGGAGGAUGGCCAUCAGCGAAGGAGGUCUGCUCUCCGACAACAUCCGCUGUCUGGUCUGGCCACGACUUCUUAACGUGCCCACCCACAACCUGCCAGAGAAACCAGAGUUGGUUGAGCGGGAGAAUAACAAGGAUUACAACCAGGUCCUUCUGGAUGUCCAGCGCUCGCUACGAAGGUUCCCUCCGGGCAUGCCUGAUGAACAGCGCGAGGGUCUGCAGGAGGAGCUGAUUGACAUCAUCCUGAGAGUUCUGAAGAGAAACCCACAGCUGCAUUACUACCAGGGUUACCAUGACAUUGUUGUCACCUUCCUAUUGGUCUUGGGAGAGCGCAUAGCAACCGCGCUGGUUGAGAAGCUCUCGACUCAUCACCUCAGGGACUUCAUGGACCCUACGAUGGAUAACACGAAACAUAUUCUGAACUACCUGAUGCCCAUCAUCGAGCGGGUUAACCCGGAGGUGCACGAUUACAUGCAACAGGCAGAGGUGGGAACCAUCUUCGCCCUGAGCUGGCUGAUCACCUGGUUCGGCCACGUCCUGUCAGACUUCAGACACGUGGUGCGGUUGUACGACUUCUUCCUGGCCUGCCACCCCCUCAUGCCCAUCUACUUUGCGGCUGUGAUUGUGCUGCACCGCGAGGAGGAAGUGCUGGACAGUGAGUGUGACAUGGCAUCUGUCCACCACCUGCUCUCUCAGAUCCCUCAGGACCUCCCGUACGAGACGCUCAUCAGCCGGGCUGGAGACCUCUUCGUUCAGUUCCCCCCCUCAGAGCUCGCCAGAGAGGCUGCCAGCCAACAGACGGCUGCUUCCACCUUCAAAGACUUCGCCCUGGCGUCGGAGCAGCAGCGGCCAGACUCUGUGCUACGGCGCCGACGGCGCGAGAAGCAGGCCGCACUGGAGAGCUCGGGGGCGGGGCCUAUGACGGUGGUCCAGCCCUCUGCCACCAGGCGCUAUAUCCGAUUGGCCGUCAUGGGACUGACCGUGGCCCUAGGGGCUGCGGCCAUCGCUGUGGUCAACACUGCCCUGGAGUGGGCCCCCAAGUUGGACCUGCAUCUCUUCCCCUGACCUCCCCCUCUCCCCGCCUCCUUCCCCCUCACCACCCUCCCUAACCUGACUCCAGCAGGCGCUGUAGAGCUCUCACUUUGUGUUGUCUUUAAAGAUGGAAGGUGGAGGGAGGCUGGUGGGGUUUCCAGGACUCUGAAAGCAGAACGGUUGCGAGCACCCAAUGCCUGGGUUAAGAGCUCAUUCUGUUGACUAGCUUGGCAGGGAAUGGACUUUGAACUGCCAAUUUAAAGAGAGUUAGUGAGCGUAUGAAACAUGUGUGUGUGUGUGUGUGUUCGCUGUCUGUGUAUGUAUGUGUGUGAUCAUGAGUGCUUGCAGGCAUACGUCUAACUGCUUGAGCAUGGGAAGGUUAGGAAUGGACAGUUGUUUUCUGUUUCCCCCAGGAUCUCAGAAGCAGUCAUUCUCUCUCUCUCUCUCUCUCUCUCUCUCUCUCUCUCUCUCUCUCUCUCUCUCUCUCUCUCUCUCUCUCUCUCUCUCUCUCUCUCUCUCUCUGUCUCUCUCUCUCUCCUCAGUUUCUACCUCUCUCGCUCCGUCUCUCUCAUCACUCUGCGAUCACUGUACUGAGACCAAAUACACACCAUUAAAUGAAUCACACUUCCUUAUUUCUAGCACUUAAUUUCAUCAUGAUUAUCCAUAUAUCCUUUUAAGAAGUUAUUUCUUGAUAUCUACAACCACUACACUAUAAGAUGGAAACAACGAAGGGGUUUGUGUCACGUGACUGAAGACAGGCGUCCUCUUCCUGUUUCCUUAGGGAUUGAAGUGUGUGCUUCAGAGGUUCAGAUAUCACCCUUAUGUUUGCUCUACAGCCUACCAUUAAGGUUUUUCCCCUGGGUCUUGGGGGGGGGGGGGGGGGGGGCUUGUUUGUGGGAAGUCCCACAUGAAUUCUCUCUGAAGCACACUUGUAGACUGUCGUUCGAGUAUGAAGCUCUAUAACAAUGUAAGGAAACUUCACUCUUGUCUACGUCCUAUGUCCACAGCUGUAAUCACUGGAUGGCCUGGUCUUCUAGUCCACUUCCUGUUGUCUGACCUGCAGACACAGUAGUGAUUUGAUGGUCCUGCCACAGAACUACAAACAUGGACGUUGUUGAGGCUGAAAGAAGGAUACUCUGGUGCCUGCAUAGUUUCAAGUCAAUAAAUAUAACAAGUUAUUCAGUAUUAUUUGCUGUAGAUUGUGUUUUGUUUUUGCACUGAAAUGGGUUUAUCCCAUGGGUUUUAUUAUCAUUGCACUAAAUCUGCCUUUCAUGUUAAUUUCUGUAAAAAAAUGUUUAGAAAAUGACAAGAUGUACAAUUAUAAUAAACGACUUAGGAUGGA